GCCCGCCGGGGACAAAGGUCCCCACGCUCAAGCACAGCCCGGGCCGUGGCGAGGAGAGGAGAACCAGCGCUCCCCGCCUCCCGAGCCAAGGCCGCCGAGCUCCGUCCCCCGGCUCCCGCCUCGCCUUCCGCCCGCCCUCGGGGCGGGGCCGGGCCCGCGCGGGCAGUUGGUGAGGGCGCAGAGCCGCUGUGCUGAGGCGGGAAGGCGGCGCGGGGCGGCUCAGCCGAUCGGGGGUGCCGGUGGAGCGGAGCACAGCACAGCACGAUGUGACUCCGCGGGAAGAUGAAGCCGAGCGCUGCCGAGGCCGCCGACGAAGGAGCGCGUCCCUCAGAUGGAGUACAAGCAAAAACAGAAAAGAUACGAUCUUCCCUGAAGAAUGUGAAAAAAGGCACAGGAAAACCAGAGAAACUCAAAUUUAAGCCACUCACUGGGAAGGUUUUUUACCUCGAUAUCCCAUCAAAUGUGAUCUCUGAGAAGUUAGGAAAGGACCUCAAAGAGCUGGGAGGGAGAGUGGAUAGUUUUCUUAGCAAAGAUAUAAACUAUCUGGUGACUAAUAAAAAGGAGGCAAAAUUUGCACCAGCUCUUGGCCAGAUUUCUCCUGUUCCUAGUCCAGAAUCUGCACCUAAUGGAGGAAAUGGUUCACCUCAUCCUAGCAGCCGAAAAGAUCGACAUGAUGGAAGUUCAUUUAAGAUAGUAGAUACAAUACGUAUGAGCAGAGGAAAGUCCUUGGUUGAAAAAGCAAUCAAAGAACAGGACUUAAUCCCCUCUGGUAGUAUACUAUCCAAUGCACUGAGUUGGGGAGUGAAGAUACUUCAUAUUGAUGAUGUUAAGAAUUGCAUUGAACAAAAGAAAAGGGAGCUCUAUCUAAUCAAAAGAGCAGGCAGUUCUUCUAAAGAUGUGGGAAAACACGUUACUGCUCAAAAGUCAAAAAGUAGACUGAAAAGUCCAUUUAUCAGGGUGGAAGAUAGGAGUCGCCAGUACCGACCAUUUUAUCUGCAGUUACUGAGUUUUCCAUUUCUGAACUAUUGUGUUCCAAAGCCAUAUAGUCCAUUUGAGGUGGAGAAGAAGUAUCCUUCUGGUCAAAAGCAAACUCAGCCUAAGGAAAGAAACAAAAUAAACAGUGACAAGGAUUGUGGAAUGCCAGCUCCGUUUCCUCAGAAGGACAAAAAAAAGAGAGGAUAUUGUGAAUGUUGUGGGAAGAAAUAUGAAGAUCUGCAAACACAUCUCGAAAGUGAGCGGCACCGAAAUUUUGCACAAAGCACACAGUAUAACGUUGUUGAUGAUAUAAUCUCAAAGUUAGUUUAUGAAUUUGUUGCAUACAAAGAUGAUGAUACAAGAAAAAUAAAAAGGACAAAAUGUGCCACAGGAUGUUUUUCUCCUAUUAUUGGAAAGAUAACCAGACCAGAUGAGCUGAAAGAGCGACUGAAAAGGCAGUGCAUUGCUUUGAAAACUUACUCCUGGAAAGAUACUGCAAUGCAGGCACUCAAACUGGAUCGCCAGCCUGCAGAAGUACAACCAAAUUCUGUGCCAGCAUCUACCCCUGUUUCUGCAUCUGUCAGUUCAGUUCUUUGUCACCAAUCACAGCCUUCAGAACUAAAAAGUAAGUUCAAAAUUAAUAACGAAAACAUUGAGACUGAUUGCUCCUGUGCUGUGAAGUUAAGAGAGACUGUUGUAUCAUCAAAUCCCAUACAACCACCCCUUCAGAAGACUGACAAAGUGUACACAGAGAACUUGUCUCGAGCUUCUGAGCCGUUCAGCAAGGAUAUACUGGAACCAGAUGUAAGUAAAAAGAAUGUACAGUGUUUUCAGGAAGGAAUGGUUACUUUAUAUUCUCAUACCCAAGUUACAGAUUUUAGUGAAAAAGACAAAAACUUAAUGCAGCAAAAACGAAAAUUAAAUAAUUCAGUAGGUCUACCAGCAAAGUGUUUGAAAAAAACAGAUGCCAAUCCUACGUUUGUCAAGAAACAUCUCAAUUUAUGUGAUAAUCAUCAACAAAUGCAGCACAAUGUCGUUCUGGAGGCUGAGGUAUCUGAUACCGCUGUGAACAAAGAACUUAAUGCAUCAGCUGCCAGCACUGCCCACAGUUCACCGUCUGGAAAGCUGCACAGGAAAGUGAACCUUAACUUGAGAAGGAAUAAAAGAGAAAUCCAGAAACAGAAUAUGGAGUUGUGUGUAAAGAAUUCAGAUAGACUGUCUGUUCCUGACGAGAAGAGAAGCACUUGUAGCUUACCAUUGCAGACCCUAUUGGAGUUAUUCCAGACAAGUGAAAGAAACUCAGAAUUUGGAGGUUUUUCAAGUUACACUGAGAACAAAUGUUCAGUGAGCAUAAAUGAUACAUGUGAAGGGCAGAAUGCAAAUGUUAUGUGGUCGUUAUUUUCUUCUUCAUCCUCAUCUCCAUUUUUUGGAUUUUAAUACUGGUUUAUUUAAUGUAAUGUUUUUAAAUUUGACUUGAAAAUUUAGGAUUCUAUUCAUGAAGACUUAAAUUUCUGUAUUAUAUGUACAGAUUAUUUGGUUUUCAAGUUUUUUAAUGCAAAAGCUUCCGUAUAUGUAAAUACGAAAAAUAAAACUAUGUUUGGCUUUGGUCACA